AUGCGCGCCGCGCUCCGAGUCCUGGCGGUGCUGCGUGUCGCCAUCGGGCCCGUCGCUGUCGCCACUGAGGUGUGCGAGUCCUGCGGCGAUGGCGGAGCCUCGGGCAGCCACGAUAUGGAGGGCGCACUGCUUCAACGGGCGCCUGUGCGGGCGGCCUCGUUCUUCAUGUUUCAGUUGGCCGACCCGCAGUUUGGACUGCAGCACUAUGGGACGCUGAACUGGACAGACGAGCAACAAAUGCUGAACCGCUCAGUCUUGGAGAUCAACAGGCUCCGGCCAAGCUUCGUCGUCCUUGUUGGGGACAUGCAGAAUUGGUACGAGACGAACGUGGGAGGCCAGAAUGGCCCGUUGGCCAACGUGACGGAUGCCGGAGCACAGCAGGUGGCGGCAGUGAAGCAGUCGCUGUCGUUGUUGGAUCCCUCGGUCCCUCUGAAGGCAACGCUGCCCGGGAACCACGACAUCGGCGAUGCGCCCACCGCAUCAUCUCUCGCGGCGUAUGAGCGGAAUUGGGGCGAGCCCUUCGGCUCCUUCGCAGUGGGCGGGAUCCGCUUCCUGCACAUCAACUCGCAGCUCUACUUCAACGCAUCGAAGCCCGGCAUGCAGGGCGCGGCGGAGGCACAGACUCGGUGGCUGGAGUCCGAGCUCCGCGCUGCGGAGGCAGGGCCCACCGCAGGCGUCGUCAUCCUGUCGCACAUCCCUCCGUUCAUCGGCCGCGCCGACGAGCUCCACGGGUGGGCCAACUGGCCGACUGCGACACGCCGUGCGGUCUUGGGGGCCACACAGAGCAUGCCGGUGCCCCCGCGGCUGAUCGUCUGCGGCCACUUCCACGGGAACGUGGAGCAGGUCCACUCGGCAGCGUUUGGGGCCGUCGUGGAGGUGGUGACGACGUCGUCGGUCGGGUGCCCGAUGUUGUGGAACGGCAGCACGGUCGGAGCCUACAGCCAGGAACAGGCUUCUGUCAUCGCGACCCAGCGUACAGGCUCUGCCGCCUACGAGAAUUACAUCGAGCGUACCAACGCCAUGGGCGCACCCAGCUUCGCAGUCGCUGCUGAACGCGUUCAGGCGCGGCCUGAUCGUUCGGGCGUGAGGGUGUUUGAGUUCCAUCCCUUCAUGGGCUAUCGCCACCGCUGGUUCACGCUCGAAGAGCUCUCUGCCAUCCGACUUCUCAACGCAUCGACGCUUGGAAACGCUCCGUUCACACCGUUCCACAGCCGUGUCACGACUGUGAAGCAGGUGCAGCAUCUGCGAGCGAGGAUGCGGCGCUUCAGGACGCCGGCGCUCGAGGCGCCCCGGGCGCCGCCCAGCCCGCCGCCGGGCGCUCCGCGGCCCGUGCGCCGGGCGACCACCGUCGGCGGCGGCCCCUACGACAACAGGAGGCGGGCGGCGUGCGCCGUGGUCGAGUCGGCGCGCAGGGAGUGCAUGGAGCAGGCGGCGGCGGUGGCCAUCCAGAGGCACUGGCGCGGCGUCUCCGCGCGCCUCCGGAUGGAGCAAUUCUUCCGGCGCCUGCACGACAGCGCCGCGCUCUGCCUGCAGAGGAACGUGCGCGGGCACAGGAGCCACGGCCUCGGCCUCGAUAGGGAUCGGGGAGCCGACGCCGCUGCCGCGGCGGGAGCCGGCGGCGGGCGGCCGGAGGGGGUCGGAUGUGCCUCAUGGCCUGCCGAGAUGCCGCCGUUGCCGACCGCUGCGCCGCGGGCGUCGAUUGGGGGCAUCGCACUUGCUGCCUGGGCCCGCUCGCGCCCAGGCGGCCUGGCGCUCUCGGGCUCGCGGUCCUCGAGGUCCACCAGCUUGCCUGAGAAGAAGGUGCAAGGGUGGUGGGGGGCAGUGAUCACAUUGAAACCACCUGGCCAGACGAAUGCGGAGUACUACAUUAUCAAAGCUCAACAGUUCAUGGCACUGCAAGCGCUUCCAGAUAUGACGACCGACACUGUCAGACGGGCCAUGCAGGACCAGUCAGGGGCCACCAUCGUCGAGAGCAACGCCGCUGCAAACAAAACCCGAUGUGUUGCGAAGGAUAGGCACCCGACGAACCACGCAGCAGAGAGGGCCAUGAUGGCGGACAGAGGGCGAAACUGGUCAACGCUCGAAGUAGAUUGUGAGAUCCACAUGGCCGCGACAAUCCACAAGAAUACAUCAGUGCCCGUAUCGGGGGCGCUGAAGGGCAUGCUUCACAUGGCGCUGCUGCAACAAAUGAGUGGAGAGUUCGCCACGUUCAGGCGCUGCGUGCACCAGGUCGCCCGACAGCGAGCCAGGAUCUGUCGCGGCGACGCUGGGCAAGAAGCAGAAUUCUACAGGAAGCUGUGUUUGCGGUUCUUUGUUCCAGGAGGGGCCAAGAAGGCGAUGCGGCGAGUGCUUCUCCAUUUGCUCCCACAUGGCGAUUGGCGCUUGCGUGACCGAGUUCAUUUUUGGCUUCCAGUCGGCUACGAGGUUGACGAGGGCAGGUUCCUCGACGAUGCGUGCCACUCGUUGUCCAGGGCUCUUGCUUACAGACCAUUCAGAACUUGGCAGAAAGAUUGGAAUGGGGCCGAAGAUGCGGUCUGCGAUCCUGGGCUGGUCGAAAGUUGCCAUGGCCUUGUGUUACCUGCCGCGCAGCUGUUCUGCACGAAAUACCACGGAAAGAAAAAGGGGACAGUCUGGGCAAUGCCCCCUCCGCCGCCGCCAGGUCCUCCAGCGGUGCCGAUCGCAGACGGCGCGGCCGAGGAGGCGGACGACGAGCCCAUGGAUGAGGACGAAGCUGGACAUAUGGUCGACGCAGGCUUGUACGACCACGGCCGCCAAGUGAAGCAUUGCAAGCAAGUCCUGGAGUGGAGUGCGUCUAAACAGCCUGGUGGCCCUUUCUGUCAGAUUUUGAUGUGGAGGCUCGCGGGCGGUGUCAUGCAGCGGUUGAUGCGGCGUCAGAUCUACAUGGAUUCGCACGCAUACAACAGGGAGCAGGCGUUCAAGGCAGCGAACGCCAGAAACAAUGGAGACCCUACAUCGGGGCGCGAUUUCCCCAUGGUCUUGGCAGCAAGAGGCGUGGUCGAGGACCUUGCGAUGGUACAGGUCAGAGCUCUGUUGUUUGACCCUAGCUUGUGGCAUCUGAUGUUGGACAACGACUUGACCAACAGGGCUAGGGCAACAGCUUGCGUCAUGCUUAUUUCAGUCGGAGCUGGCGUCGAGAAGUUUUUCGUUAAGCGACAUUCGGAGUUCCCAUUCAAAGCGCUCAAGGUGAUUGACGACCCUGGAGCUGGCGCUGAGCUUGACGCUGAAAAGCCGUGUCGCCUGUGCCCGUGGAGCCGCAAGUUUAAGGAAGGGACAUCAUUCAGCUCUGAACCCGCUAGGGCUCGAUUGCUGCUUCUAUUGGCGCACUUGCUGACUACGGUGAACAUCAGGGUGGAGCUUAAGAAUGCGUUGCUCCGGAAACACAUCGUUAAACGAGUGAACACGCGCGCCAUCAGCCUGCCAGACUCAGGCACGCAGUGGGCGAGGGACUUUUUCAAGACAUUGGUCACCCCGCAAGUGGGCGUCGUCGAAGGGCUUCGCGGUGGCGAGCAGGAAGAGGAGCCCGCUGUGCCGAGCAGAGGCUCGUCGGGUGGUGCGUGGCGAGCUUGGGUCAGGGAGUGCGGCGUGCAGGAUUUCAGGGAAGCUGCUCGUCGUUUCAGAGCUUCACCCGCAGCUGAGGUGCAGCGCCUACGAGGAGUCAGCGCAGAGGCCACUCAGAGGGCAAGGGCAGGCUUCGAACGUGGCACGGCGCCCGGCCCGACGCGCCGCACAGUCAUGAACGCGAACGCUCGUCGCCUUGCUGAUGCUAGGCUGGCUCGGCUGGAGACCGUGGAGGGCGACUGCGACAUCGAGCAGAUCUUGGAGAUGGCCAGCUCGUUGGCCGAGAGCCCGAACGACGUGGCCAAGCGAGUCAAAUCUUUCGUGCGCGCUUCGAACCAGAGGAGGAAAUCGGCGGCCGAGGCGGAGCGAGUGGUCGCUGAGCGGUACGCCACUGACAACACGGCGGCCGCAGUGAGGAAGUUUUUAGCUUGCGUUCCAGGUGCCGCGCCACUGGGGUCAUCUCUCGUUCUUGACCCUGGUACUAUCGGUAAGGGCACUGUGUUCGAUUUGGCGGCAGAUGGUUCGAGGGACCAGAUGACAUCUGUAUUGCAAUGGCUCGAUCAGCAACCUCACAAAUCUCAGAAUGUGUCUUCAUGCGCUGCAUCGCUCUGGCAGGGCAUGCACGGCCUCUUACCAAGUGCGCCUGCCGAUCUGGCGGUGCGCGCACCACGAGACGACGAGCUCGAGCAGCCAAGCAAGUGCUGGCUAGCGGGCUUUUGCAUUUGUGAUGACAGAGGGAAGAAGAUCCAUGCGCUUCGAAAUAGAGUGCUUCUUGCGAUGAAGAAAGUAUUUCCAAGGGCUGCAACCGUGAAUCGAGCAAAGUUAGUUGGUCGUUCGAUCGUGAUGAAGUUCUCAUUCGCAAUGCCCGUGCCCGACGACGCAGCAGUCCCUGACGAUAUCGACCUCCGUGCGUUCUACGGCCUCGCACCUCGGUAUCUUCAAGUUUCUGACAUGAGCUUGUCCCCCUACCAGCCGCGGUUCCACGAGUUCUGGGACAUCCGAGGCGAGGAGGACGAGCACUACGCCAACGCAGGCGAGGGCGAGAUCCCGUUGAAGGCCUUAUCAACCUUCGACCGCGUCUAUGGCUCCGUGCCCCCCUCCCCCCUGCUCCGCGACUUUGUCGGCCGCUCCGAGGGCUUCUAUGCCUUCGACCUUGCAACUGGUAUCGUCGCAGGCAUGUGUGAGUUCUUGAACCCUUUCAAUUUGGCUGAAACCAUCUCGGUCGAAUUCUUCGAAGAGCUUUUCCACGACAGUCCGACAGCUUCGACGCGUGGCCAGUUCCGAAACGGAAGCGGCGCGGCAGAGCGGCUGGUGCUGCCCGAGGCCGCGGGGGCCACGCGGCCGGCCCAGACUGUCACGGACGAGGGCGCGCUCACGGUCGUGGAGCUGAUCUUGGCGGCGGCGGUCGCGCAGGACGAUGCGUCGAGCGCCUACAGCGACUUGAGCUUGCACACCCCCGUCGACACGGAAGACAGCGACUACGAGGACAGCGGCGUGGCCACGGACGACGGCGGUGCAGAUCCGCCGCCAGGCGAGCCGCCUGGCCCGUCAGCUGCUGGCCCAGCUGAGCCAGGAGUUCCACCUCCACCUGUCCUGCCCCCACCACACAUCGUUCCAGUUGAAGGCGGCAAUUUAACAGUGCAUCUUCCUGGCAACCACAAGCUCAGCUAUUACAAGAAUGGUGAUCACUUUGAAAUGACUUGCGGCAACAUGGCCGAUCAUGGACCUUGCCGAUUGACCAGGAAAGCAUACGGCGCAACGGGGCGUCGCGCAGCCGCUUAUCAGGAGCAGGGUCGGCCACUUGGAUUACUUUUGGCGCGGGCGUUCUUCGGGUGCGGCUGCGGUUCCCAGUUUGAGCACUUGAAGUUUCAACCCACGCUUGAGCAGCGCCAGAGGUGCCGCCAGCAGUUUCUCGAGCGGUGGGGCGACACUGCCGCGGCCAUGUUCAGCCGCGAGCGCGAGCAGCGCGCUGAUGAGCCUGCAGAGCCGAUCAGGGCUCCAUGA